UCCCUCACUCCCCUCCUCUUGGUCACACCCCCCUCGAGGCCUCUCUCCCCAUGCCCUUCUCCCUGUACUUGCUACCUCUCCCCGCUGACUGUGAGCUGCCAGUCUCUAGGCCUCUCCACCCUCCCCUCUCCUCUCCCUCCCUCCUCUUCUCGCCUCCUCCUACAGGGCAACAAGAUCGAGGAGGUGGGCCUGAGGCCUUUCCCCCCUCUCCUCACCGUACUAGCCCUCCACUCCAACAACCUCAGCCUCCUGCACGAGUCGGGCCUGUCGGGCCUAGCGUGGCUGCAAGACCUGGAUCUAGGCCACAAUCCCGGCCUACUAACGUUAGGCCCCGGAACGUUCCGAGGCCUGGUCAGCCUCCGCUCGCUGCACCUGGGAGGCUGCGGCCUCCUCCAACUACCUCCAGGCCUCUUCUCCGGCCUAGUCUCCCUCCGCUACCUCUACCUCCACGACAACAGGCUUCCGGGCCUACCUUCCGGCACGUUCCGAGGCCUGGGGAACUUGUCUGAUCUCUUCCUGUACGGGAACCGGAUCGAGACUCUGCCCGGUUGGGCCUUCGAAGGGGCCCUGGGCCUCAGGAGGCUCCUUCUCCACGGCAACGGGCUGGGCCUGGUGAAGCCUGAGGCCUUCAGCGGCCUCUCGGCCCUCUCCACCCUCUUCCUGUUCGAGAACCGGCUCCAGACUCUCCCGGGAGUUUCCCUCUCUCCCCUCCGCUCCCUCCUCUACCUGCGACUCAACUCCAACCCCUGGCUCUGCGACUGCCAGGCCCUGGGCCUACGUGGAUGGUUCAGGAACUACAGAGGGGCCAGUACUCCCGUCUCCUGCCUCCAACCGCCCUCUCUACAAGGCCGGGACCUGCGGGGGCUGGAGCAGGCCGAGUUCGGAGCCUGCCCGGGGGCCCGGACACAGUGGGGGGACGAUGGGGCCUUCUGGAGUAGGCCUCAGGCUUCUCCGGGUCGCUGGGCCCAAGGCCUGAAUGGAUCCAGUGGACAGGAGGGGGUGUGGGGGGGAGAGAGGGAAAUGUGGCUGCUGCCUCUAAUGGUCUGUGUCUCUCUAAUCCCACUGUGACUCUCUAAUCUCACUGUGACUCUCUAAUCCCACUGUGACUCUCUAUUCCCCUCCCCUUCCCGACACCUCCC